AUGUCCUAUUUCCGGAUAACUUUGAUGCGCUCCGGCAUUGGUCUCCCUCUGAAGACCCAGGGUGUGCUCAAAGCGCUCGGCUUGCGCAAACGCAUGACGACCGUUUACCACCCUGUCUCGCAGUCCGUUGCUGGUCAGAUCAUGCGCAUAAAGGAACUCGUCGAUAUCAAGGAGGUCAGCCACCCAAUGACCAAGGAUCAGAUGAGGGCUGCGAGGCGGCCGGAUCCCGGAUACUACGUGGAGAAGAAGGCGGGAGAGGUUGCUGGCUAUGAGUAG